AAGUCCACAAGUAGUAUAUAAACGCCGGCGGCCGAGGCAGGAAGCAUCGCAAUCGUGUCAUCUCAUCUUUUAUAUUUAUCAAAAAAAGAACAUGAAUUCGAAAAAUAUCCUCGUUGUAUUCGCCGUUUUGGCGGCAAACGCCUCCAUUGCCUUCGGCUGGGGUUACCGCGCAUCUGACCAGCGGCGCUGGGCCGUGCUCCACCCCGCCUGCGGAGGCAGGCAACAAUCCCCCAUCGCCAUCGCGGCGCGCCAGGCCAUCCCCAUCUCCAUCCCCGCCAUGGAACUCAUCGGCUACCAGAACCCUCUACCAGGCCCUCUCACCUUAACAAAUAACGGCCAUUCAGUCACUCUAACCAUCCCGAAGUACAGCUCAGAGGAAGAGAAGAAAGGAUUCCGUCUACCUUACAUCUUCGGCGGACCGCUAGACAACGAGUAUGAAAUUGAGGGCCUGCAUUUCCACUGGGGUGACAAGAACAACCGUGGUUCUGAGCAUACGCUUAAUGACAUGAGGCUGCCUCUUGAGAUGCACAUCGUGCACAGGAACAAGAAAUACAGGAACUUGGCUGAGUCUCUGCAGCAUCCUGAUGGCGUUGCCGUCCUUGCUUUCUUUUACCAGGUGGUGGAAUUCGACGCCAAGCUCCUCAGCCCCAUGGUGAAGAACCUGUCCAUGAUUGAGGCCUACAACAGCAGCAUGCAGCUUCCGCACACCUUCUCCCUCUCUUCUAUCCUAUCUGGGCUGGACUCCGAGCGGUUCUACACGUACAAGGGCUCUCUGACCACCCCGCCUUGCGCUGAGGCCGUUACGUGGAUCGUGUUCUCUGAUUAUCUGCCGAUCUCCGUGUUCCAGAUGGACAACUUCCGCGGUCUCCUCUCCAACCUGAACCUGCCCCUCGUCGACAACUUCAGGCAGCUCCAGCCCCUCUUCGGCCGCCGAAUUUUCGUGCGCAUCACCUCCAAGAACCCCAAGUUCAAGAAGACCAAGCUCCACUACUCCAAAUACGAUUGGGUCGGACACAAGAAAGCCGACAACGAUGUUGGCGACUUCGAUGAAUAGAUAAAAAACGGAUGUUAGCUGUUAGUUCCAUAGAACCGUUACAUCUUUGGAUUUUAUACCAGAUGGCAGCACUUAAAUGUCAAAGCUUCAGGCACGUUUACAUUAAAUCGUGUUUUUUUAGUGGAUUGUAAUCUGAAAUAUUUCAAGCUCAAGGUAUCUAAAUAUGCAGUCUAUAGCAUUAUCAAUACAUAGUCGUGUUUAGAUAUUUGCAAUUUCCAUUAUAUCUGAUGGCAACUGCCAAUAAAACUAGACAUCGAUUUUCUCUUGCUUGAGCUUUGUAGCUAAACUUCUUAAAGAAAAAAAAAAGAAAUCACUGCUACUUGUUCAUAUGAAACUAUUAUAAACUAGUAGCGACAUCUGUUGUCAAAUAUGGACAGUUUUAAACCAUAUUAUAUUUCAGACUUCUAAAUUAAGGGAAAAAAAAGAAUUCAAAUUUUCAGUUCUAUGGAACAAAUGGAAAUCACCUACUAUACUUUAAAGCAAUCUCUACGGGUCUUCUGUCGUUCUACUAAUGUUAGAAUAAUUUAUUAUGUGUACAGUAUUGUAUAUGUGUGAAUAGUAUUAUUUAUUAUAUAAGGUAUUAAUAAACUAGUGAUUGAUA